GUGUAUGCGAACUCGAUCGAGUCGGUCUACUGAAGACUUGGUCGAGCUAGACAUUACAACGGGUAGAAAGAGGGUUCAGAGGUCACAGAGGGUACAAGAGGAACCUGAGGUGCUUGUUGCUGAUACAAUGGAUGUACCAGAGGGGAAUGGAAACCCUUUGGGCAAUGGACUCGGUCGAGCUAGGCAAACUCGACCGAUUGGUCAAGGAGAUGCUCCAAACCGCCACCAACAGAGACAAGGGAUUGUUCCACCACCAGUGCAGAACCACAACUUUGAGAUCAAGCUGGGAAUGAUCAACCUUGUCCAGAACAAGAUGUUCCAUGGAUUGCCAAGUGAAGACCCCAUUGACCACCUUGAUGAGUUUGAUAGGCUUUGUGAUUUGACAAAGAUCAAUGGUGUCUCUGAAGAUGCCAUCAAGCUGAGACUCUUUCCUAUGUCUCUAGCUGACAAAGCUCACCAAUGGGAGAAGAGCUUGCCCCAUGGCACAAUCACCACUUGGGAUGAAUGCAAGAAGGCCUUUCUUGCUAAGUUUUUCUCCACCGGUCGCACAGCCAAGCUUAGAGGAGAGAUAUCCAGCUUCAUCCAGCGAAACAAUGAGACAUUCGCAGAGGCUUGGGAGAGGUUCAAAGGCUACACAAGUCAGUGCCCACACCAUGGAUUCAACAAUGAAUCACUACUCUCCACUCUUUAUAGAGGAUGCUUGCCUAGGUAUAGGGAGAUGCUAGACACAGCUAGCAAUGGGAACUUCCUCAACCAGGAUGUAGAUGAUGGCUGGCAACUUGUGGAGAACAUAGCUAACUCAAAUGGAAGCUAUGGAGAAGAGUAUGAUCGCACCAACCGGAGCUCGACCCACCACUCGAUCGAGUCAGACGAAAAGUUGAGAAAAGAUGUUAAGGCAUUGAAUGAGAAGUUGGAUAAGCUGAUCCUAGCUCAGUCCACAAUGAAGAAAGUCAACUUUGUGUCUGCUGAGGAGAUGGAACCAGUCCAAGAAGGGGAGGAUACACAAUUUGCUGAGGUGUGCUACAUGAGCAAUGGGCAAGGAGGUUACAACAAAGGAUACUAUAAUUACAAGUCCAACCCUGCCAUGUCAUACCGCAACACUGAUGUUGCUAACCCUCAGGACCAAGUAUAUCCUCAACAACAAGCAGCUCGAUCGAGUCAGGUGCCACAACAUGGGCUUCCCCACCAACCGCCCCAGCCUGCACCUUCACAAGAGAAUGAGCUCAAAGCAAUGCUAAAGCAACUACUUCAAGGGCAAGCUGAUGGGGUAGUGGACACAAGCAAGAAGCUAGCUGAAAUAAACUCUAAGAUCGAGAACCUCAACACAAGGGUUUACUCUCUGGAGAAUCAUGCUUCUUCUGUUGCUGCUGCUACAAAGCAAGGACAACUACCUGGUAAAGCUAUUCAGAACCCCAAGGAACAGUGCAAGGUCAUCUUCACUCAAGAAGGACUUGUUGAAGAAGAGGAUCAAGAAAGGGUCAUUGAAGAUUUUUGUUUACUGCUGAAUGAUGAAGAGAUUGUUGCUGCUGAGGCUCCUGGAGUCCAGAUUGAUCAACCAGAAGUGCAGGCACCUACUGUGGCCAUUCACACUUCACCAGUUGAGCUCGCACGACAAGCUCGAUCGGCAGCUCGAUCGAGUCCAACUCUAGCUCGAUCGAGUCCGACCUCUUCUGUCCGACAGCCUGUUUUGCUUGAUCCUUACCAACCGGUUGCCGCUUCCUCGUCUCGCCUACUUAGUCAAGGUCACAAGGAAGUGAUUCACAAGUUCAGAAGAGAUCUCAGUGGGAUUGGAAUUGAGUUGCCUCCUAUGGAUAGCAUGAGUGAGGCAUUUGAUCAAAUGCAAAUGGUCAAGGAUGUUCUAGCCAACAGUGAUAAAGUUUCAGAGGUCCUACAAGAGUCUACUCAUCAGUUCAACCUGCUUACUUCACCCACCUUCCUACCAAAGGUCAAGGAUCAAGGGAAAUUCACUCUCCCUUGCACACUUGGGCAUCUUGAGAUUGACAAUGCCUUAGUGGAUUCUGGAGCAAGCAUCAAUCUGAUCUCUCUCUCCAUGGCAGAGAAGCUAGGCAUAGCUGGAGCCUUGCAGCGCCCUACUACUUCAAUCAUGUUUGGAGAUGCAACUUCUAAGUCUCCUCUUGGAGUGUUCAAGAACUAUCACUUGAAAAUUGGAGAAUGCAUCAUCCAAACUGAUCUCACUGUGAUGGAAAUGGAAGAAGAGAAGGAUUUGCCUCUGUUAUUGGGAACCCCUUUCCUUAGUACAGUUGGCGCUUCAAUAGACUUUCACAAGCAAGAAGUGAUCCUUCACAAGGUGAAUAGUUUGGUGUCAUAUCGCUUGCAGCCUAGAGGUUCAGACUUUUGUGCCACAAUUGACAGUACCAAUCUCAGUUCUAAGAGUCAUGGAGCUACAAAGGUUGUGAAGGAAAGGGUUGACAAGGAACCAAGAGUUGGGAAGGAUAAGGAUGAGAGAGGACCAAGGAUUGAGAAGCCACGUCUUGAGAGGGCUAGAGUUGAGAAACCACGAUCUGAUAGGCCAGAGCUGAGACUUGUUCAAGCCCCUUGUGUGCUUGAUGAAGAGAGCCUUCAAGCUUUGUUUGAUGAGCCACUAGGAAGGGCUCUAAAAGAAGGGGAGGAUGCAGCCUCUAAGGCAAGACCAGGAGAUAAAAGAAAGGAUCCACCAGCUCAGGCCCCUUCAUCAAGCCAUCUCAGCUCACAAUGA